AUGAUGAUUCAUUCAUUUUUCGUAACCUCUUCUUCCAUUGGCGUUGCUUCCCUGCUUUUUAUUUUUCUUUCUAUAGUUUUGACCUUUGUACAACAUAUCUCUUCACCGUUGGGGAAGAUUCCCGGGCCACUAGGGGCUCGAAUCAGCAGAUUGUGGUAUCUUAAACACGUCGUGGGUGGAAACUUUCAUCGUCGCAACAUUGAACUCCACCGUCUCUACGGCCCCGUUGUUCGAAUUGCACCAGGCCAGUAUAGCAUAGAUGACCCUGAAGCGGUAAAAGUGAUUUAUGGUAUCGGAAAAUCAUUUGAGAAGGCAAGUGAAUUAUCUAAUACUGACAAAAUCAUCAAGGCGUCAUGGUACGAUGCUUCCAGCGAUCCUACUGCAGCAUGGCGAGACCUUUUCACAGAUCGUUCGGCCCUGCGACAUGCCGCAUACCGGAGACAGGUCGCCAACCUGUACUCAGCCACGUCUCUGCGAAACAUGGAGGGCGAUGUGGACGAGAUUGUUCAAGUUCUGCUAGACAGUAUGAGUCAAAAUUCUAAGGCAAAGAAAAAUAUCGAUCUUCAAUUUUGGAUGCAAUGUUUUGCUUUUGACGCCAUCAGCCGACUGACGCUAGGCAAAUCGCUGGGGCUUCUACCAGACGGACGUGACAGGAAUGGCUUGUUCAAAAGUCUGCACGACUACCUCAAAUAUUGUGCUGCAGUCGGGAUAUUCAGCGAGCUUCACAGGCUAUGUUGGUGGAUCCUGACCAAGCUACCACAAAGUGGAUUGGUGCAUGUUGCCAAUUUUACAGCGCAGCAAAUCAGCCAGAGGUCCAAGUAUCACGACGAGAAAGGGGUCGAAUGGAGCGACGACUUUCUUUCCAAAGCAACUAGACUUAACCAGCUUGAUCCAAACCGAUUCCCUCACUCGGCUGUCUUCACCACAUGCAUCACGAAUAUAGGUGCAGGAUCUGACACUACCUCGAUUUCUCUCAGUGGGAUUCUCAAUGGUUUGAUGCACAAUCCGAGUGCAACCUCCAAGCUACGGCGCGAGAUCGAUGAAAAGCUCGCAGAGCUUAACCAUCCUCCCCUGAUUCCGUUUGCAGAGACACAAAAGAUGCCUUACCUGCAAGCAUGCAUCAAAGAAGGUCUUCGCGUGCAUCCGGCAACUGGCCUUCCACUUGCUCGAGUCGUCCCAGAAGGAGGCACGACGAUAAGCGGGCAAUUCUUCCCGGCCGGGACCAUCGUUGGCAUCAACACGUGGGUAGCCCACAUGAAUCAACAAGUGUUCGGGCCAGAUGCCGAGGCCUUUCGACCAGAGAGAUGGCUCGAAAGUAGCAAGCAAAGUUUGUCAGCCAUGGAAGGCUACUGGAUGCCCUUUGGCGCAGGUUCGAGGACAUGCAUCGGAAAGAACAUUAGUCUUCUGGAGAUCAAUAAGUUGAUCCCAGCAUUCAUCAGAAGAUUUGACCUGUUGCCCCAGGGAGCCGAGAGCAUGUCUCAUGAGAACUAUUGGCUGGUCAAACAAGUUGACAUGUAUUGCCAAGUUGCCGAAAGAUAG